AUGUCAGACGAAAAGAAAGGUGUGUCUCUGCGGACCAAGAGGAAAGGUCGUCCAGCAAUAAGUGCUCCCAAACAGAUAUCCGGCCCAAUUCCGCAAACUGGGGGAGAUGGACCACGAAGUGCUGGGAAGUCAUCUUUUGAUACUCCACCCCCGCAACGCCCUCAACCUGGUGGGAAGACUUCGGAUUUGGUGAAACGGCGAUACUCCACUCGAUUUAAUAACCUUCCCUCCGACUUCGACCCUUCCGCUCCUCCUCUCCCCUCUGUUCCUAAUUUACCAGCUCAGUAUGCUCAAGCAAAUGACCGUGGACGAGGUCCCUCGCCGGCGAGAGGACCUGGUCUGGUAGUAGAUCAGAGAGCUCUACGUGAUCCCAAUUUGAGACCAGAUGCGUAUGUAGCGGGACUCUUAAGUGAUGCAUCAGAACAAGAUAUUGAGGAUUACCAAACAAACUUAAAGAAGAUGAAGAAUCGCACUUCUACAGAUUUGCAGCAAAACGUUUAUCAAAACCGAACACAAUUUAUAAAAAUUAGUAAAGAGGCCGAAAAGCUGAAAGGGGAGAUGCGCGCACUCCGAAAUUUGAUGGCGGAACUUAAAACCAACACCACUGCUCUUAGAACGACCUCUUCGCAAGGACCAUCCUUAACUAAUUUCGACGGCUUUCCGCCAACUUUGAGCAAGAGAGACAAGCGAAGUUCCGUGGCAGACCGAACCGCCAUGUGGAACUCGCAACUUCAAGCUUUAUGGAAAACUAUUGAAGGCUCCCAAAAGUUUCUACCUGCGGCUCCUGGUCGUCACGUGGUACAGAAUGCAGGGCUAUGGAUAGAGCUUGAUAAUGCCACCUGGAAAUCUAGACGAGCGAUGCAGAUCGUUUUGUUAAAUGACCAUCUUCUUGUUGCAUCGAGGAAAAAGCGAAAAGUCGAAGGCGCAGAUCAACGACAAGCACCAUCAAAAUUGGUGGCAGACAGAUGCUGGCCGUUGUUGGACAUUGAAAUUGUCGACCUUGCGGGAACCAGUGAAGGAACUAGUGUGCGUAAUAAAUUGGCCGAUGCAAUCAUGAUAAGGGGUGUAGGUCAGGAGUCUUUUACCUACCGAACUGAAAAAUCGAGCGACAAUGAAAAGUCUUCCCUUAUGAUGAACUUCCGAAAAGCGGUGGAGGAGCUUCAUAAAGGUCUCCGGUCAGAAAUGGAAACGAGCAACAGGGCCAAAGAAACAAUCAAUUACUUCGCCUCUCGGGACCCAGGCCUCUUAAAAAAGACAGAUUUACUCGAGACUCUUUCGGAUAUCAAAGAUAUGCUCAUCGAAGUUGAUGGCAAGCAGCAAAAUCUCCGGUGGGUGGAAAGCCAGGUUGAUGAGCUGGAUAUCGACAUCGCCCUUCAACAUUUUGACACAGCAGUACAACGGGUCGCCAAACUCAAUUCCUUGGCCAAAGGUCUUAAAAGCAAUAUUGUCGCCCAGGAUUUCAUUAGCUUCAAAGCCGAUGAAAGGGCAACAAGGCUUGCGGAAUUAAUCACCCGUGAACUUGUUGAUACACACAAUGAGCCUAAGAAAGUUAGGCGCAAUAUCAGCUGGUUAACUAGUCUUGGCUUCGAGGAUCGGGCCAGAGAAGCAUAUUUAGAAGCUCGGGGAAACAUAAUCCAUAAGAGAUCGAGGUAUGAUAAGCAAUUCCGGUCUGUAAACUCUACUGAUUUUUUCCAAAGACAAUGUAUUUUCGAGGGCAACCUCCACCAAUAUAUAUGGGAGGUAUCAUUCGUGUAUUUCACGAUCAUCCGAAAUACUGUCUCAACCUUCCAAGCAUGUUUUCCGCAGCCACUUAUGAGUGCCUGCGUAAAAUGGGCCAAAGAGCAGGUCGAUGCAUUCAAUAUCAUUCUUGCACGACAGCUUAGCAGUACGGAGAAAGAUGGUCAAGUAUGGACUGAAUGCAUGGAUCAGGCAAGAGAGCAUGCGAAAAUGCUCUCCGAAGUUGCUUUGGACUUUAGCAGUCUCAUUGGUUCGAACUCGAUAGAUGUUCUCAAUGGACCUAUAGGAUUAGGCUUGGCAUAA